AGGAAGUAAACAGAAAGUUUAAUUUGGUUUUCUGAGACAACAUGGACAGAUUUUCCUGGUCAAACGGGCUUUUGGAGAUAAAUGAAACUCUGGUAAUCCAGCAGAGAGGAGUGAAGCUUUACGACGGCGAUGAUAAGGCGAAGCUGGACCUCGGAACCGCCUUGCUGAGCACCCACCGGCUGAUCUGGAGGGAAACCAAGAACCAGGAAUGCUGCGUCUCCAUGCCGCUGUCUCAGAUCCUCUUCUUCGAGGAACAAGCUGCAGGAAUAGGAAAGAGUGCAAAAAUCGUGAUCCACCUGCAUCCGUCGCCUAGCAACAAGGAGCCGGGUCCGUACCAGCACAGCAAGUUCUCCUACAUCAAGCUGUCCUUCAAGGAGCACGGCCAGAUCGAGUUUCACAGGAGGCUGUCGGAGGAGAUGACACAGAAACGGUGGGAGAGUACGCCGGUUUCACAGCCCAUCUCCACGGGAACCGGGACGCAGGCAGGAAGGACACGUGCGGUGGGGAUUGUCGGCAUCGAGAGGAAGAUCGAGGAGAGACGGAAAGAAACAGACAAAAACAUUUCUGAGGCGUUUGAGGAUCUCAGUAAACUGAUGGUGAAGGCCAAAGAGAUGGUGGAACUGUCCAGAUCCAUCGCCAACAAAAUCAAAGACAAGCAGGGAGACAUAACAGAAGAUGAGACGAUACGUUUCAAGUCGUACCUGCUGAGCAUGGGCAUCGCGGACCCCGUUACCAGGGAAACGCACGGCUCCGGGACCCACUACCACAUGCAGCUGGCCCGGCAGCUGGGAGACAUGCUGCAGGCUCCGCUGGAGGAGCGCGGAGGCAUGAUGGCCCUCACCGAGGUUUACUGCCUCGUCAACCGCGCCAGAGGGAUGGAGCUUUUAUCUCCAGAGGAUCUGGUAAACGCUUGUAAGGUGUUUGAGUCGCUGAAGCUCCCAGUGAGGCUGCGUGUGUUCGACAGCGGCGUGAUGGUGGUGCAGCUGCAGUCCCACAGCGAGGAGGAGAUGAUCGCCUCGGCUCUGGACAACGUGUCGGACAAGGGCUCCCUGACGGCCGAGGAGUUUGCUAAGCUGCUGGGUCUCUCCGUGCUGCUGUCCAAGGAGCGGCUCCUGCUGGCUGAGAAGAUGGGCCACCUGUGCAGAGACGACUCGGUGGAGGGUCUGAGGUUCUACCCCAACCUGUUCUGAUGGAGACUCGUCAGAACCA